CAUUAUCACAUCUCAGUUCUAAGCACCAAUGUCAAAGCUGCAAAGUGAAUGUAAUUGUUUUACUUCGAUUCGUAUGUUUCUCGCGGAGCUUAACUGACGUGCACUAAAAAUGUAAUUAAAACGAACUGAAUAGUGCCAAUGCGAACUAAAUCUAAUUAUUAAAAGUACAUGAACGCGUAUUUUUCGAAAAAAAAGUGUUUUUUUUUUGUGUAGAAAAGUAAUUAAUUGAAUCUUAGUUUUACUGUACUUAUGUUCCUAAACUACUUUGUGAAAAACGUCAUUGAAAAAAAUGCCUUAAAUUUUUACUUUCGUGAAGAAAUAUAAGUGUGGGUGUGUUGCAAUUUUAGAAGUGUUAGAUAUUAGAAGUAAAAAUGUGAAAAGAGAUUUGGUAAUUCGAAAUAGUAACGUUUUGAAUUGUAGGUAAAACUUAUGUGGAAAAAAUUGAGGCAUCAAUUCCCUGUCACUAACUUGAAUAUUGAAAGUUUUGCAUCCCAAUCUGUCUUAAGACAAGUUUUAAUAAGUAAUGUUUUUGUACGAAAUUAUGCUGGAAUGAAAAAUUACGUAAAUGUGACACGCAACUGUGUACAAAACUCUUUAAAUUAACAAGAAAUUACAGAUUUAAAAGUAGUACGAAUCUCCUAAAAAGAUUCAUCGAUUAAGUUGACAUUUUUGUAAUAACACGGAAAACCCAGCAUUUAAUAUCCGUGUUAAAUGUUCCAAGACAAAAUUAUUUGUGUAAAGAAACAGUGCGAUUAGGCAAUUCGAACUGGAGCAUCGUGUUUUCGAAGUGACCGUGUAAUUCGCGAAGAACGGGUGAAGAAUGACCAAAUUUAUGAGUUACAAUUUGGAAAUGGCUAUUCGUAAAUGUUGGAGGAAAAUGCACGGAUACACUAUACUUGAUGAGAUUGGCAGCCCGGACAGUGGAUACACGAUGGCGUCGAUAAACUCCAACGGCGAUCUGAAGAGCCCCGGCGACCCCCCGGACAAAAAGGUCAACGAAGCUGACGCAGAAAAACAGCCACUAUCCGGGAAAAAGGAAGAAAGAUGGUGGAACACUCUGAUGCAGGUUGCAGUGCCGUUCUUCAUCGCCGGCUGCGGAACCAUCGGUGCUGGUCUAGUCCUCGGAAGCGUCAGGAAUUGGGAAGUGUUCCUGAAAGUCAAUGCAAUAUUCGUCCUGGUGCCAUCUCUAUCCGGGUUAAAAGGUAAUCUGGACAUGUGCCUCGCAUCCCGGCUGUCCACGCAAGCGAAUCUGGGAAACAUGACGUCGUCGCGUGAAGUUAUAUCCAUGGUGGUUGGCAACAUAUCAUUAGUUCAGGUACAAGCAAUAGUGGCCGCAACAGUGGUGGCCAUGUUCGCGGUGACGGUCAACACAAUCUCCGACAGGGCGUUCAACGGCAGCUUUGUAUUGCUGCUCAUCGCUUCUGCUGUAUUCACUGCAACCACCACGUGUUUUGUGUUAGAUUUCGUGAUGGUGAUGGUGAUAUUCGGCUCACAGAAGUUCAAAGUCAACCCAGACAACGUGGCGACCCCUCUCGCCGCUUCCAUAGGUGACAUCGUCAGCAACUCAGUGCUCGCAGUCACCGCUCAGUAUAUGUUUGAGCAGAUACAAAUUUCACUAUGGCAGCCGAUCGCCCUGCUGUGCGUGUACUACAGCCUUCUCCCAAUCUGGGUGUUCAUUGUGUGGAGAAAUAAGUACACUAAGACAGUCCUCACUACCGGUUGGACGCCUGUUAUUUCUGCACUGUUUAUCAGCGGUGUUGGUGGUAUCGUGCUAGACCAAGCAGUAGAUAAGUUCCACGGCUACGAAGUAUUCCAGCCGAUAGUGAACGGCAUCGGUGGUAACCUGGUGUGCGUGCAAUCCUCGCGGUUGGCGACACAUCUCCACCAGACGGCCAUCCCUGGAGAACUUCCUGAGAACACGAGGAUAAUUGAGUGGCCGUGGAAGACGCUGUUCUAUGGAACGACUGCAGCGAAGGUUGCUCGUAUGCUGCUCAUCCUGGCGCUCUGCGGACAGAUCGUGUUCAUGUUCGUCGCGGACUUCAUCUUCCAGGGCGUCGUCACCAUUCAGGUUGCCUUCGGUAUCACAUACGUGAUGUGCUCUGUGGUGCAGGUCAUGGUGCUAUUAUACCUGGCGUACAUUCUGAUCCACUUUAUGUGGAAGAAGAAGAAGGACCCAGACAACGCGGCUAUCCCCUAUCUGACGUCGCUCGGCGAUCUCCUCGGCUCUGUUUUCCUCGGUCUAGCUUUCGUGAUCCUCUCGAUAUUCGGCAUGGAGUACGGCAACAACGUAAAUAACUAGGGUGCUUGGAAUGUGGCUGAAAACCCAAGGAAGCUUGUGAUUUUUUUACGCAAUCUGAAAAAAAUCUUUUAUAGGUACUUAUUCGCCCCGGCGUAGAUAUCGGUUUCAUUCCUUGGUGGACAAAAGUCCGCGAUCGUUCUCGUGCCGUAAUACUUGAAGUUGUGCUAGGAUCAACACGAGAAAACCUCGCUAUAGAAAUUUUAUCGACUCCGC